ACAAAUAGUAGUUUCCAUGCUGCUGCUGCACACAUGACACAUCCAUUAAUUAGGUACUAGUUUCCAGAAUCAGGCUUGUUAAGAGUUUGGAGGCCCAUGCCGCAUCCAUUAGGCACACAAUUAUGCACAUGCGCUUGCAGUUACAGGUGUUUGAGAUUUUAGAUUUUGUUAUAGUUUAGCACAGGCACAAACUCCUCUUGAUGGUCGCCAAGACUUCUCGUUCUUGUUUCUUGAAAUAUAUAGUUUGAAGGGUACAAACACGCAAAGCAUUCGAUUUAGUUCACGUGCUUUGUGGUAUUCGUGGUACGUAUUAAGAUAACAAAGUUAAUUAUAUCUUGAAGUCAUAUAUUCAUUGGCAUGCUGUGCUGGUUUCUGAUUUACGUUAGUACACAUCGUGUAUCAGCCUGGGUUGGAGAAUUUUUGAUUAUGUAUUCUGACAAGUACUUGUCUGGGAACUUAAGUGGGAUUUCCGAAAAUCAGGGGUACGGGCCUAUGUCUGUUAAGCAGACAUUGGUGUUGGACGAUGAGAAAAGUGAGUUAGUGAAAGCCUCAGAGAGAAUGGGAAAGAAAAUUGCGGUUUCAGAGUCAAAGACUAUGGCUGCUUUGAAGAGCCAUAGUGAGGCAGAGAGGAGGCGGAGAGAGAGGAUAAAUGCACAUUUGGUCACACUCCGAGGUCUUCUGGCGCCGAUCAGUGGAAAGAUGGAUAAAGCUACAUUACUUGCUGAAGUCAUAAGUGAAGUGAAGCAAUUGAAGAAAACUGCAAGACGGGCCAGUGAAGGCUUGCACGUCCCAACGGACACCAACGAAGUACAAGUUGAGAAACUUGAGGAUAAAGCAGACGAUGGGUCAGUGUUGCUAAGGGCUUCGCUUUGCUGUGACUACACGCCGGAUCUCUUGUCUAAUGUAAAACAAGCUAUAAAUGAUCUUCCUUGGCAACCGUUGAAGUGUGAGAUCUCUACCUUGGGAGGUCGAGUCAAGAUUGUAUUCUUAAUUACUGCCAGUGGAGAAGGGAACUGUGGCAGUACUGCAGCAGAGGAAUUGCAUUUUAGUUCAAUUUCUGCGGCUUUAAGCAACAUUCUUGAUAAGGUCUCUGCAUCAGCCGAAUACGGGGGGGAAAUAUUUUUCCCUCAGAAAAGACGUCGGGUUUCUUAUGUCGAUUCUUGAUGAUGUCCUCGUUUCGAGAGUACUCACAGUGGCAUUUUGUCGAACAAGUUGGUCUAAAGUAAUGUAUACUUAUGGUGACAGUGGAGAAUCGCUGGAGGAGUAUGGAUUGAUAAUAGACAUAAUAAUGGUAUUUUAGUGUUACUUUUUUCUAAAUAUUAGAUUUGUGAUGAUAUGUCAAUCAUCAAUCGAUUAAAUUGACAUCACUUACUCGACCAAAACGAAGUAUUAGUUUCCAAUGCAGCAGGUU